CAACAAGAAGGAAGAGCAAUGGCGACAUUGGAUCGCCAAAUACCAAGUCCGGACAGCUUCCUCUGCGAGCCUUGGUCUUCCUUCGUCAGUGUGGCUCAAUUACGUGUUGUUGACAACGCAGACACAGACUCGUCCCUGGCUGACGGCGACCACGCAGAAGGUGUUCAGCCGAUCGGGAGACAAGAGAUGUUUGUCCACAGCCAUUUUCCUGCACUGGAGGAUUUUUCUCUUGUUGUGUGCAAUGUCUGCAAUAAGGUGGUCACUCCUCAGGGAAUGCUCUCACACUAUGGUAGUUGGGGUGUAGUUUCCCUGUGAGACAGACAGAGAGACAAACAGUCCUGGACCACACCACCCCUCCUAUUCCCUCCUUACCCUGCACCCUGCAAAGACAUGCAUAGCAAAAACCAAAAGCGGCAUGGCUCCCCUGUACCUUCCCGCAGUCCCCUGGUUCCCAUGAAGCCCAAAGCGCCUGCCGUGGCCCCCACCGUGGCUCCCAGUCCCGGGGACACUCUGGCCUUCAGGGUGCCUAAAGAUUAUCCCCACUCACGUUUCAACAAGGCACCACUGGCUGUCUACCCACCCAAGGGGGCGCGGAACAAACCAUGUGUAUCACUUCCUGUCGUCAGCCUGGAGAAGAUGCCCUGCCUCAGCAGAGGCGACUCUGCGUCUCACGUGCGCCUCAGCUCGAACUCUCCGUCGUCUUCGUCCCCCUCCCUCAAACCUCCCUGCUUCACUCCUCCAGCUUCUCAACGAUCCGGGGAGAAGCUCACGAACGGUCGUGCCAAUAGCGGACCCUCCACGCCGCGCUCCGUCACCCCUCCGUCCUCUCAGGACGGGAGGCCCAGUCCGGCGCGGUCUCCCCUGGAUAGAAGGCUGUCGUUGACUCCUUCUCCCUCUCGCAUGGACAAAAAACCCUCGCCAUCAACCGUGUUCUCGCACAGAGCUGGCAACAACGUGCCAUCGUCGUUAUCAUCAUCAUCAUCUUCGUCAUCAUCAUCACUGUCAUCAUCAUCAGUGGAAAAGAAGCUCCAGGAUGGAACUAAAGCUUCCUCCAGGUCACAUCGAAGACUCUCAGGGAGAGUGUUUGACCCCAACAAACACUGUGGAGUCCAGGACCCCGAGACAAAACGGCCGUGUACCAGGUCCCUCACCUGCAAGACUCACUCCUUAACCCACCGCCGAGCCGUCCCAGGCAGGAGGAAGAAUUUUGACCUCCUCCUUGCCGAACACAAAGGCCGGGCGAAGGAGAAGGAGGGAGUGAAGGAGAAAGACAAGGAGGGAGGGACGGGAGGGAAGGACGGCUGCAGCCAAAGCACCAGCGUACAGGAGAGUCCGAGUAAACCUCACUGCCCCAACGGUCGACCCCUGUCCACGCUCAGGCUCCGGCUGGCAAAUGCACACAUACCCAGGGCUCCGGGCAGCUCCAUCACCUCCACCUCCAGUCCUCUGCCCCCGGCACAGACCCCUGCUGUGGCCCCUAACUCGGAGCUCUCCCCUCUCAGCUCGGUGACGGCGGCAGGAGACGGUGGGCGGCUCUCCAGUGAUGAAGGAGACGCAGAGACUCCGGAGGACAACGACAGACCCGCUUUCCAGUACUCCAGCCACCACCCACAGCCACUGGGGCUCUGCGUAUUCAGCAGCAGGCUGAUGGGACGCGGACACUACGUGUUCGACAGGCGGUGGGACAAGAUGAGGCUGGUCCUGCAGAGCAUGUUGGAGAAACACCUCAACGCACAGAUGUGGAGGAAAGUGCCUCUGGCUGCUGAGAGCCACACCCCCCUCUCCCCGUCUUCCACGUCCUCCGUCACACCACAGCUGACCUCUUCUCCUACAUCUGUAUUCCUGCCCUCUGACUCCUCUCCUCACACGGCCACUUUCCCUCAGUCCACAUCCACGACGGGGCUGUUCAGCAUCCGGGAUGCCGCCCACACCCCGAUAUCCGGUAAAGCCCGUAAUGGAGCCCAUAAAACCGGUCGUUCGCCGAAAGGAAAGGAGGAGGACACCGAAGUGGGAACCAAGAAGAGGAAAAACUCCUCCCACAUUUCUGCUUCUCUUUCCUCUCACUCCUCUCUGUAUUUGACUGUGGAUAAUCACAAAAAAAACGGCAACAGCUAUCAUCCGACAAUACCAGUGUCAGGGGGGGCAGCUGCCUCCCCCGCCAUGAGAAAGACACUUGGGAGGGAAGGGCUUUGGCACAGUGGAGAUGACUGGCCGUCCAGAUCUGAAGGGUCUCAAAGCUUCAACUCACAGAGCAGUCGCAGUCUCAGCACCACUGGUUUACCUUCAAGGGAACUUCCUCAGCCCCCAGCUCCCGCCGCAGCCCAUUUAUCAUACGGUGUUGGAGGGAUGGAGGCGAAGAAGAGGAGAAGUCCAGGCUCCAUCAGAGGGAAGGCCAGCAAGCUGAGCAAGCCGGACGGACUGGAGAGCCUCUUCGGAAAGGGAAACGACAUCGGGGGCAUUCUGGCAUCUGGGUCGGACUCACCGAGGCAGGCCAAGUUGCAUCACUGACAGGAAUCUGCAGGUAACCCCCCCCGCCCCCACCGCGACGUCCCACCGUGCCACUCUCUUCCAGCGACGGCCCCCAUCGUCGCUCAAGACUCUCUUCAUUUUUACGAUGUCAUGCUUGUUUACCUGAUAACAGUUCGGUUCAGCUGAGUUUGGACUGCAGAGUUUUCACACACACACGAGGAAGGAAGGAAAAGGAAAAGGAAAAGCCACCGAGCAUCACUGUGGUUGCCCUGGUUUUUUUUUUUUUUUUUGUUUUGUUUUUUUAGAGGUAGAUGGAUUUACAAAGAAAUGUACUCCGGAAAGGGAAAUGCCCUUUUUAAGUUUUUUUUUUUUAAGGCAUUUUUUCAAUGGACAAAAAAACUGUGGUUGCCCAGUUUGAUCAGCUGAGCAGCUGGGUUAAAGUGUAUUCUUGGGGAGACAGAGAAUUGAAGGACCUACCGACACGACUACUGUAGGACUCAGCAGCGCCACCUCUGUCCUCGCCUCUUCUUCUCCCUGUUUCUCACCUCGUCUCAGGCAGAGAUGAGUUUGUUGUUCUUUUGGGGUUUUUUGUUUUUUGUUUUGGUGCCUCUACCUUUGUCUGCAACUUUCUACUCCUAUCCCAGCAUGCCCUUGUUCAAAGUGCACUUAUUAACGUCUCUUCCCUCCUGGCUGUCUCCACACAUGUCUCCAGUAGUGCCACAACAGGACCUGUUCACACGGGGAAGGAAAUGAUCUGUCUUACCAAUGACAACUCAUCAAUGCAUUGCAUUUUCAAUAAAGGAAGAAGUCUAACUUUGAAGGUUUUUCAAAGUUCUGCUUUACAUGUUGCAAGAAACACAAACUCCUACACAUGUUUGCACUUGCAACCAAAAAGGAAUUAUUACUACGGUGUUGGAUUUUCUUUUCUUUUUUUUUUGUAUAAUAAUUUAUAUACCUACAUAAUGUUUGUUUUCAAACUGACUGGUAAGGUUUGAGCUACAGGUGGUCUUUUAAGCAAAAAAUAAUAAUUUCUAUGGCAUUUUGAAGAAAUGUUGAAAGUAUUGUGAUUGUUCAUAUUGUUGAAAAAAAAAAGUCUGUACAUAUCUGUUCUUAUUUUUAUAUUUAUUAUCGAUUGUCCCCUUUCGUCUAAAUGUGAGCUAAAGAAGGAAUUAGCUUCAGCUUCUCACCUUAUCCUGUUGUAUUCCGGUUUCUCAAAACCUUCUGAGAAUUAGUCAAGAAAAGCUAGUUUGGAAAUUACGUUAACUCUCAAAUAUUAAUGCAGUUGUUUGUGUUUUAUUCACUGUUCAUCAGUGUUUUCAACUCCCAAAGAAAUCUGGUCAAUUGACAUGGUGACAUGGUUUAACUUCCGUACACCUGUUUUCAAUGAUCAUUCAAAUAUGAAAAGGAAAGUAUAAAAGAAGGCCAAACCAACAGGUGGCGCUAAUUCUUUUUAAAAAUAGAACCAACAUUGAAGACAUAUGCCACAUCCUGCAAGAUGUGAAUAGCGCAAAUUCGUCCUUGUGGUCACCCUUGGUACUGCAGCCAAAAGUACUAGUGCAUUUUUUUCCACAGUAAUUAAAGACACACGUUUAAAGCUAAUGUGAGAACCCUUUUAAACAACCCUGUUCCAUGUUUUAGAUUUUGGUACUUUUUAUUCUUUUGAUACUCUAGGCACGCCGAUAUAUUGAGUUUUCUGAAAAACAGUAUAAUUGUAGGAAAACUUUAUCAGCAUAGUAAACACACUGUGCUGUUACAUCCUCAACAUCAGGUUUCUAAAACUGGAACAGUGGGAUCAGCAUUUGUAAUCACUGAAGAAAAUGAAAAUGAACUAACGCCAUGAAUAUAUGUAUGAAGAAUAUCGAUACAGUGUUGUGAAACUAAAUCUGGCAGUAUUCAGUGUGUCGAUAUUUUCUUACACCCCUACUAAUAGCCACAAAUUAUAAAUUCACUGUAAACAGGAGGUCGCCCUUGGACCAAGGUGCUGAUCAGCAUUUUGAUGUCCUUCAACGUGACGUUGCUGUCACUAAGGAAAUUUUUAAUCGUAUAAAAAUGUAAAAUGCACACCAGGUAUAUGGAGAUCACCUCACCUUGAGCCAAGUUCAGUCACUUCCUGCUUCCAUCUCUCGGUCUGCUGCUCAUCAUCCUGACAGAGAAUCUAUUUUGUAUUCAUUCGAGCCUCUGAUGUUGCAGAAUCUCCUUUAUUAGGGUUGGGUUUUUUUUCCCGGCAAGGCACUUAUUCAGUGCUUCAUUACUACGUUUCUCUUUAUUUGAAAGGUUGGUUUUGUGAAACCAGGCAUUGGUUAGUAUUUGUAAUAGCAUAAAAAGCCCCACAUUCCUGUUUGCGUUUGGCUGUGGACUUCAAACCCACACUUUCUUUCAAGCUGGUUUUAUCUCCAGAGACUGAUGGGUAGAGAUCUGAAGUCAAACACUUCUCAGACCCCGGGGGGCAGGUGGUCUAUAUAUAUAUAUUUUUUUUUACUGUAGAUAGACAUGCUUUAAUCUCACUGUGUACAAUUAUUAAGCCUACUAUUACACAAUAGAAGCAUUUCUCUCUUUUUGUUUUAUCUGUUUUCUCCGUUCUAAAGAGAUCCUGUUGCCACCUGCCUCAUAAUUGUCGCUUAAAUAUUGUGCGGUUGAGCAGCUUUUUUAGCGAGUAUAAUAAUCAAUUUGCACUAAGAUGUUUAAUGUGGGAGAACAGAACCACCCUGACUUAAUGUUGACACUUUUAGAAACAAUAUUUUACCAUUUGUUGCAGCUAAAGUUGAAGAUGAAGCUCAUGGAUUAUGUUUAUUUCACAGGUGGUGUACUGUAUAUUUUGGGGUUUUUGCUACUUUAAAUUCUACAGGUUUAUUUACUGUUUUUGUCUACUUUUUUUAACCUUCCCUGCUCCCUUUUUUGUUGCACUUUGUCAUAAAGCCCAGAUCUUUAAUCAAUUUCUAUUUAUAUAAAUAUUUGAGAUAUAAAUGAUUUAAUCUAUUUUUUUUUUCAGGCAAGUGUUUCAGGCGACUAGUCACAAAAAGUUAGCAGUAUACCCUUCGCGGCUUGGCCCCUAAAAUAUUACGCUAUUUUUGGUAUAUCUUUUUUUAUAUGUUCUCUAUCUUUCACUAUCUGAUCCAAACUGUGGUGACUGUUGAAUGUCAUUGUUUUUGUGUAAACGUUGAGGAGUUUCAUUCAAUGUGGGUUCAGAUUGAAAACAAGUUUUUGUUUUGUUUGUUUUUUUCAUUCAAUUUAACACAUGCUGUAAAAAGAAAUGUUCUUACGUCAUUAAGCUUUUAUUAAAUGAUUGAAAGUG